UGUACUGCUCCUCAUUUUGCAACUACAUCCAGUCCCCAUUCUCUCCCACACCAUCCCUGCCUCUGAAAGACGAGAUCUUUUUCUCCCUACUCUCGUCGCCCAGCACUUCCUCUCGCAUCUUUCCUGUGGCGCCACCACUCCUCAGAUUUAGGCAUUUCUUUUGUUAUUCGUGGGGCAUGCGUGGUCACCUGAGAUUGGGGAUGGCUUCCAUGUCUACACAGUUUUCUGAAGUUGAAAGAAGAAAGGAGAAGAAUGUAGAUUGACCCCGUGUAAAUGCAUUAUUUUAGCUCGGACCAGUCUUCUUCUAUGUGGAAGAAUUUAACCCUUAAAGCCCAACGACAGUGAUGGCUUAUGAGUAGUAAAGUAAGGGGUUGUGCUGUUGAAUAUCAAAUUCUCAAUGGAAGAAGAAGAGCCUAAAUCACAGAGCUUGAAAGAAGAAGACAAUGAACCACAGAGCUUUAAAGAAGAGCCUAAAUCACAGUGUUUGAAAGAAGAGCCUAAAUCACAGAGCUUGGAAGAAGAAGACGCUAAAUCACAGAGCUUGAAAGAAGAGCCUAAAUCACAGAGCUUGGAAGAAGAAGACGCUAAAUCACGGAGCUUGAAAGAAGACCUUCAAUCACUGAGCUUAGAAGGUCGAGAUGGUAUUGCAUUCCCUGGAUUCAAUGAAAAUUCGUUGCAGUUCCUGGAUUCAAUAGACGGGUAUUUAACCCUAUUGGAUUCACUGUCUUGGACACUCCGACAGGGGUGGCUGCAAUUAGCAAGUGCUCGACAUUCAAUGGGUGAGUCACGUGUAAGCAGCGCUGUGUUGGACCUGAAAUCCCACCCUGCAAGCACAUUUUUGGAAGUAACCCAGCAAUCCAAUCCAGGAGUUGGGCAAAUUCAUCAUUUUACAUUGCACAAAUGGGCAUCCUUUGACAAUGACAAUGGAGCUCCACUUAUGGAUAUGAGUCCACAGAUACGACAACGAAAGGAUAAGGAUGGAGCUCCACCUCCAGUUAAAGCUGAAGCUGAUCACCAACAUCAACUUCAAAAGGAGCGGUCUAAGUCACUGUUGGUGUUUGGCGGUUUGGUUUCGCCAAAGCUACGGGCAGCACAACUCUCAUUUGAAUCUGCACUUGACGCCCUUGUAGAGAUUGCCAACAUGCGUUCUUUGAUGCUUUCCACUUUCCAUAAGGUCAGGGAAGAAGUGGAGGCCGCCAAAGCCAAAUGAUGGAUGUUAUUUCCAUGGCAUGAUAGACGACGUAUUUUUACUGCGUAUUUCAAUCCAUCGAAUUUUAUUUCCGUUCUAUUUUGCUAUAAUUGCUUGAUUUUGAUCUUUACUACAGUUUAAGUGUAUUCUAUCAUGGUUAUCCAGUUGAGUUUGUGUCGGAUUUGGAGGUAGUUAACUAAAGCCCUUAAUUCUCUUUCAUUCAUGAACUUGAAUUUUUCCCCUUGAUACAAAAUUAAAUAAAAUUGGUUUGGCAACUUGGCAAGGUACCGGGUUGAAUUUGGCCA